GAAUUCACUCGAGUCGUUAGCUGAACUGAUCUGAUCAUUCUGAAGGUUUUUUUCGGAGUAGACGUAAUUAAUUGAUUAAUCAGAAGUGGGCUAAAGGAAUAAGUGAUCAGUGGGUUGAGAGAAUAGGAGUAGGAUUGGUAAGAGUUCAUGGGCUAGUGAUUUAAUACGAACUGAGGGUCAAUCAGGAAGUGUUAGGGCUUUUGAAGCUAGAUUAGAGGCAUCAUGGACUCCAUUCCACGAACACAUGAAGACAUUGAAGCACAGAUUCGGGAGAUACAAUCGAAGAAGAAAGAGAUACAGAGUGUGACGACUGAGAAGGAGCAGGUGGGCCUUGGGAAGACUGGCUUUUAUGAUCAGGAUAUUUAUGAUGGCACUAACAACAAAUAUGAUGGAUAUGUCACGUCUAUUGCUGCCAACGAUGAAAUUGAGGACGAGGACUAUGAACCCACAGCGUUCUCAACGAAACAGAGGUCUGGAUAUACAGCCCCUGCAGCACUUCUCAACGAUGUUGCACAGAGUGAAAAAGAAUACGAUCCGUUUGCAGACAGACGUAGACCAACGAUAGCAGACAGAGAAGACGAGUAUCGUCAGAAACGUCGACGUAUGAUCAUAUCGCCCGAGCGAGUUGAUCCAUUUGCCGAAGGUGGAAAAACACCGGACAUUGGGUCUAGGACUUACACCGAGAUUAUGCGAGAGCAGUUGCUCAAAGGAGAAGAAACCGAGUUGAGAAAAAAAAUCGCAGAGAAAGCUAAAGAUGGCACUCUCAAGGCAAAUGGUGAGCCAAAACCCGCCCCUAAAAAACGAGGUAGAUGGGAUCAGACGGAGGAUGCACCAGCUGCGAAGAAACCCGCCGGAACAGUUGCCACACCAACUUCUUGGGAUAAUGCAGAUGUAACCCCAGCAGCAGUUCGAUGGGACGAGACUCCUGGUCACGGAAAGGGUGGUGAGACACCAGGAGCAACUCCAGGUGUUUCCACGCGCAUGUGGGACUCGACUCCCGGUCACGCAACCCCCGGAGCAGUAACCCCAGGCCGUGAAACCCCUUCUCACGAUAAAGUUAUAACAAGCCGAAGAAAUCGUUGGGAUGAAACACCGAAAACCGAGCGUGAAACUCCGGGUCACAACAGCGGUUGGGCAGAGACACCACGAACUGAUCGAGUAGCAGGUGAUCUAAUUCAAGAGACUCCAACCCCAUCAGCAUCAAAACGUCGUUCAAGAUGGGAUGAAACACCAUCGAAUCAAACCCCAGGAUCAAUGACACCUCAGACACCAGCAACACCUCUAACAACUCCCCAUCAAACAAUGAUGACACCCAGUGCUGUCACCCCAACAGGACCGAAGGCCAUGGGCUUAGCAACCCCAACCCCUGGUCACUUGAUGUCAAUGACACCUGAACAACUGCAGGCGUAUCGUUGGGAGCGUGAAAUCGAUGAGAGAAAUCGUCCCCUCUCUGACGACGAACUUGACGCCCUAUUUCCACCUGGUUACAAGGUCCUCCAGCCACCAGCUGGCUACAUACCAAUAAGAACACCAGCUAGAAAACUCACAGCAACCCCCACCCCCAUCGCUGGCACUCCUCAGGGUUUCUUCAUCCAGACUGAGGAUAAAUCUGCUAAGUUUGUGGACAAUCAACCGAAGGGAAAUCUUCCUUUUAUGAAACCCGAGGACGCUCAGUACUUCGACAAACUCCUGGUGGACGUUGACGAGGAGUCACUGAGCCCUGAGGAGCAGAAGGAACGGAAGAUCAUGAAACUUCUCCUAAAAAUAAAAAAUGGAACCCCACCGAUGAGAAAAGCAGCCCUGAGACAAAUAACUGAUAAAGCCAGAGAAUUCGGUGCAGGUCCUCUGUUCAAUCAGAUACUGCCUCUGCUGAUGUCACCAACAUUGGAGGACCAGGAGCGUCAUCUUCUUGUCAAGGUGAUAGACAGAAUUCUCUACAAGUUGGACGAUCUUGUGCGACCCUAUGUACACAAAAUUCUCGUUGUCAUUGAACCCUUGCUGAUCGACGAAGAUUAUUAUGCUAGAGUUGAGGGCCGUGAAAUCAUCUCGAAUCUUGCUAAAGCAGCGGGUCUCGCCACUAUGAUAUCCACGAUGCGACCGGACAUUGAUAAUAUCGAUGAGUACGUUAGAAAUACAACGGCCAGAGCUUUUGCUGUUGUUGCAUCAGCCCUGGGAAUUCCCUCAUUACUUCCCUUCCUGAAAGCCGUCUGCAGGAGUAAAAAAUCCUGGCAAGCGAGACAUACGGGUAUUAAAAUUGUCCAGCAAAUAGCUAUUCUCAUGGGCUGUGCUAUUCUUCCACAUCUGAAGAGUCUUGUGGAGAUCAUCGAACAUGGAUUGGUUGAUGAACAGCAAAAAGUUAGGACAAUAACAGCUUUGGCUAUUGCUGCACUUGCUGAGGCAGCAACACCUUAUGGUAUUGAGAGCUUUGAUUCUGUUCUCAAGCCACUGUGGAAGGGUAUCAGGACCCAUCGGGGCAAGGGUCUUGCUGCUUUUCUCAAGGCCAUUGGAUAUCUCAUACCCCUUAUGGAUGCAGAAUACGCUAAUUAUUAUACCAGAGAAGUCAUGCUGAUUCUCAUCAGAGAAUUUCAAUCUCCCGAUGAGGAGAUGAAGAAAAUUGUCCUGAAGGUGGUGAAACAGUGCUGUGGUACUGAUGGUGUUGAAGCACAGUACAUCAAGGAUGAGAUUCUUCCGCACUUUUUCAAGCACUUUUGGAAUCAUCGGAUGGCUCUUGACAGAAGAAAUUAUCGACAGUUGGUGGAUACAACUGUGGAGAUUGCUAAUAAGGUCGGGGCUUCGGAAAUUAUCAAUCGAGUUGUGGAUGAUCUCAAGGAUGAAAAUGAACAGUACAGAAAAAUGGUGAUGGAGACGAUUGAGAAGAUAAUGGGAAAUUUAGGAGCUGCUGAUGUUGAUUCGAGACUCGAGGAACAGCUCAUCGAUGGAAUUCUUUACGCUUUUCAGGAACAGACAACUGAGGAUGUGGUCAUGUUGAAUGGAUUUGGAACUAUUGUUAAUACACUUGGAAAGAGGGUGAAGGCAUAUCUUCCACAAAUCUGCGGUACAAUCCUUUGGAGAUUGAAUAAUAAAUCGGCAAAGGUCAGACAACAGGCGGCUGACUUGAUAUCCAGAAUUGCUGUUGUCAUGAAGACCUGUCAGGAGGAGAAACUCAUGGGGCAUUUGGGUGUUGUAUUGUACGAAUACCUUGGGGAAGAGUAUCCAGAGGUACUUGGUAGCAUCUUAGGAGCGUUAAAGGCCAUUGUCAACGUCAUUGGAAUGACCAAGAUGACACCACCAAUCAAGGAUCUACUCCCCAGGCUCACGCCAAUUCUUAAAAAUCGUCAUGAGAAAGUUCAGGAGAAUUGUAUCGACCUCGUGGGAAGAAUUGCCGAUAGGGGACCUGAGUACGUCUCUGCAAGGGAGUGGAUGAGGAUCUGCUUUGAAUUGUUGGAGCUUUUGAAGGCUCAUAAAAAGGCCAUCAGGAGAGCUACGGUCAACACUUUUGGAUACAUCGCCAAAGCCAUCGGUCCUCAUGAUGUUCUUGCUACACUUCUGAAUAAUCUUAAGGUUCAGGAGAGACAGAACAGGGUCUGUACGACUGUUGCCAUUGCCAUUGUUGCUGAGACCUGCAGCCCUUUUACCGUUCUCCCAGCUCUGAUGAAUGAAUACAGAGUUCCUGAACUCAAUGUUCAGAAUGGUGUGCUCAAGUCACUGAGCUUUUUGUUUGAAUAUAUUGGAGAGAUGGGGAAGGAUUAUAUUUAUGCUGUUAGUCCACUCCUGGAGGACGCUCUUAUGGACAGGGAUUUGGUACAUCGUCAGACAGCUUGUGCUGCCAUUAAACAUAUGGCACUUGGGGUGUAUGGAUUUGGAUGUGAGGACGCUCUUAUUCAUCUUCUGAAUCAUGUGUGGCCGAAUGUCUUUGAGACAUCACCACAUCUCGUUCAGGCCUUUAUGGACGCUGUUGAUGGGCUCAGGGUCGCUCUGGGACCGAUUAAAAUACUUCAGUACACGCUGCAGGGACUGUUUCAUCCCGCUAGGAAAGUUCGCGAUGUUUACUGGAAAAUAUAUAAUUCACUUUAUAUCGGUGGACAGGAUGCACUCGUCGCUGGGUACCCCAGGAUUCUCAAUGAUCCCAAGAACCAGUAUAUUCGGUAUGAACUCGAUUAUGUGCUGUAAUUGGGGAUUUCUUUCUCAAAGCUGACGUCUGAGGAGAGUAAUCACGAAUAAUAGUUUCUUAUUCUUUAAACAAUAUAUUUAGAAAUGUUCUUGUGGAUUUUAUGUUUAAUAUAAUUGAUCUAUAUGUAA